AUGGAUAGCCCGUGCCCUGUUGCCGUGGGUCUGCCUGGCCACACUAAUGGCACUGGAGGCACGUCUUCACCGACUUGUAACCAGAGCAUGAUAAAACUCGCCCCGUACUCUCCUGAAGCCACAGCAGCCUUUGCAACAGCCAUCACAUUGAUGAUGCUUAUUACAAUAGUAGGCAAUAUCCUGGUCAUCAUUGCUGUUUUAACAAGUCGCUCAUUAAGAGGACCCCAAAAUCUUUUUUUGGUCUCCCUUGCUGCUGCAGACAUUUUGGUGGCCACCCUCAUCAUCCCCUUUUCCCUAGCCAAUGAACUGAUGGGCUACUGGUAUUUCCGCUCUGUAUGGUGUGAGAUCUACCUGGCGCUGGAUGUGUUGUUCUGCACUUCCUCCAUAGUACAUCUGUGCGCCAUCAGUCUAGACCGCUACAUGUCUAUCUCACGUGCUGUCACGUACGGUCCCAAGCGGACACCGAAACGAAUCAAGUGUGCCAUUUUGGUGGUGUGGUUGAUCUCAGCGGUAAUCUCAUUUCCGCCACUACUAUCUAUGAACAAGAAUAAAGGUGGUGGCGAGUCAGGUGCGCUGCCUCAGUGUCAGCUCAACGAUGAGCGCUGGUACAUCCUGUACUCUACUAUUGGUUCCUUCUUUGCUCCUUGUCUAAUAAUGAUCUUAGUCUACAUGCGGAUCUAUCAGAUCGCCAAGCAGCGCACACGGUGUCCACCAGGGGAGCCCCGCAAAGAAGCCCCAGCUAAUGCUACGACUCCUCAGCACAAGAUCCAAAAUGGAAGAGGAGAUGAAACGCCAGGCACCCUUCAGAAAAAAGCCAGGCCUCCAACUUUGGCUGUGUCCCAAGUGGAGUCUGUCCAGCAGGCAGCAAACACCCCGAUCGCCAACAACCUUCUGCAAGCCCCUUCAACAACCUUGACACCAACCACCCCAUGCCCCUCGCCAUCUCCUUCGAAUUCAUCUGAAGUGGCUCCCAGUAAAAGUAAAGAGGGGAAAAAGGAGAAGAAGAAGAAGAACAACAAAAACAAGAACAAGAAAGAGCCUGACAACAAUAAUGGAGAAAGCAUGAGCUCUGAUUCGGACACUGAGCAAGGUGGGAGGGGGUUAGAGGUCCCUUGCACCCCGACUAUGACCCCCAGUGGCAUUCAUUCUCCUGCCACUAUGCAGAAAUACAGAGACAUGAUCGCCACCGCUAAAGGUGCCAAGCUGGUGGCCCGAAAGGCCAAGCAAGAUGGAACGCCCAACUCUGCACGCCGCAAAGCGAUGGUGAACCGAGAGAAACGAUUCACCUUUGUGUUGGCGGUAGUGAUUGGUGUCUUUGUCAUUUGCUGGUUUCCCUUCUUCUUCUCAUACAGCCUACAGGCUGUGUGCCCAGAGUCGUGCGCCCUGCCAGAGCCACUCUUCAAGUUCUUCUUCUGGAUCGGCUACUGCAACAGCUGCCUCAACCCGGUCAUCUACACCAUCUUCAACAAAGACUUCCGCAGAGCCUUCAAAAAGAUCCUCUGCAAGAACACCAAAGGCACAUUCUUCUGA